AUGGAGCUGUUCGCCGCAGGAGAGCACGUCUUCACUGUGGAGAGCAUCGAAAAGAAACGGAUCCGGAAGGGGAGGUUUGAGUAUUUGGUCAAGUGGAGGGACUGGUCACCCAAGUAUAACACAUGGGAACCUGAGGAAAACAUUUUGGACCCACACCUGCUGGUCAAAUUCCAAAACAGGGAGCGUCAGGAGCAGAUGAUGGGAUAUCGCAAACGAGGCCCAAAACCUAAACAUCUUCUUAUGCAAGUCCAAUCAUUUGCUCGGAGAUCCAGCACCUUCUCAGGCUUGGAGGAAGACAAAAGUGGCCGUCUGACGCAGCAGAGCAGCAAAAAGCACCACCCGUACCAGCGUAUCUGCAAGAAAAGCCUGGGGGAGCCUCUGGCUAAUAGGAAAAAACAGCUGAACAGCAAAAAACACCAGCCUAACCGCAAAAUGUACCAGAAGAUGAAGGAGACUGAGGCGGCUAAAGAAGGACGGAUGGUUCCUCAGGCCUUGCAGCAGAAAAGGGUUAAGGAUGCCCCAGCAAAAGUGAAGGACAUCACCAUAGAGCUUGAGGAGCUUCCAACUAACCUGAGAGGUGGUGGUAAGUCAGAACUUGGCUCCGGUCUCAUUGCUAAGGAGGCUCCUGCCAGUGGAAUAAGCACCAAGCUGAAGAUUGUGAAGAACAAGAAUAUAAAUGGACGAAUCGUCAUCGUCAUGAGUAAGUAUAUGGAAAAUGGCACCCAGGCUCCCAAGAUGAUACAUAGGGAAGCAGACGUGGGGGUGGAGCAGCUACUGGAUAAUGAGUCCAAUGUUGCUGGAAAACUUAGGCACUCUGAGAAGCCCAGCCUUGAGAACGGUUGUGAAAAGGACAGCAAAGACGAGGCCAAGCCUCCCCCAAGUGGGCUCACAAAUGGACCGCUCCAUCCUGUUGUAAAUGACUAUAUUACAUCAAGCCUAUUGGCUGCUGAGACGGACAAACCAAAAGAGUUAAGCAGUUCAACAUUUAAUGAAGUAACACUGCAGCUGAUGACCAGCCUGACUGCAAAGCCUUCCAAAAAGGACAUCAUUCCCUAUUCAGACCAAAGGAGUCCCCAUGGAGCACACAAGCGGCACUACUCAGAAGCAGACAGUGAGAGGGACACUGAGGCCAACUGUGCACCAAAAUCUGGACCAAGUCAGUUUCAAAGCAACAUAAUUGGUCACCAGCACUCAAACGGACACAGGCUUGAAUUUCAGGACAAGCCUAUGGAUCUCAGCUGUUCACAAUCAAGAAAGGAAAGUGAAUCAAUUGCAGAUUGUCAAGUAAGGAGGAACUCUGAGAAAGAAGAGGGACCUCAACCAGAACAGACAGAAAAAGAACCAGAAUCUGAACUGUUUCCAAACCUUAUGCCUUUUUUUGGGAAUAUAAUAAUUACAGAUGUAACAGCAAACUGCCUUACAGUAACAUUUAAGGAAUAUAUCUAG